AUGGACAAUAAUAAACACGAAAUUGAAAAUGAUUUCUACGCUGCUGAAGAAGUUGACGGUGUGCGAUUCACUUGGAAUAGCAUACCAACAACAAAAAUCACAUCAAAUAGACUCUCAGUACCAAUUGCUUCGUUAUAUACCCCUUUGAAAGAUAGAGAGGACUUACCUAUCAUCCCAUCAGAACCUACAGUGUGUCGUCAACCUUGUGGUGCUAUUUUAAACCCAUUUGCUGUUGUUGAUUAUAAUACUAAAACAUGGAAUUGUCCAAUUUGUUCUGCAAAGAAUACAUUACCAGCUCAUUUUUUCACACAAUUCCCUCCUCAAUGUGAUCCAAGCGCCUCGACUGUGGAAUAUAUUCUUACAAGACCACCUGCAAUCCCACCUAUUUUCUUAUUUGUUGUUGAUACAUGUCUUGGUGAAGAAGAUUUUGAUGCAUUAAAAGAAUCUUUAAUGAUUAGCUUAAGUUUAAUUCCACCAGAAUCAUUAAUUGGUUUCAUUUCAUUUGGUAAAAAUAUUAAUCUGUAUGAAUUUACCAAUGGAGACGUUUUAAAAUCUUAUGCUUUUAAUGGUGCAAAAGAAUAUACCACGGAGACAAUUUCAUCAAUUCUGGGAUUUAUUUCAUCAGAUUUAAGAAAUCCAACACAGGGAGUAAAUCAAUCUGCAUUUAGAUUUUUACAAAAUACAAGUUAUGCAGAAUAUCAAUUAACUUUAAUUUUGGAAAAUUUGAAAAAAGAUUCAUGGUUAUAUAAAUCAAAUGAACGUCCAUUAAGAGCAACUGGUUCUGCAUUAAAUAUUGCAACAAGAAUUUUAGAAAGUGCAUACCCAAAGAGUAGUGGUGCACGUAUUAUGUUAUUCACAGGUGGUCCAGCAACUUAUGGACCAGGUAUUAUAGUUGAUAAUCAAUUAAAACAACCAAUUAGAUCACAUCAUGAUAUUGAAAGUAAUACAAAUAAUGCAAUUCAUUAUAAAAAAGCUAAAAAAUUUUAUUCAACAUUAGCAGAAAAUUGUUCAGAAAAUGGUUAUACUGUUGAUAUUUUCAUUGGUGCUUAUGAUCAAGUUGGUCUUUAUGAAAUGGAAGCAUUAAGUGAUAAGACUGGUGGUUUAGUAGUUUUAAGUGAUUCAUUUACAACUUCAAUUUUUAAACAAUCAUUCCAAAGAGUUUUCAACAAGGAUAAUGAAGGUUUUUUAAACUUGGGUUUUAAUGGUACAUUAGAAGUUAAAACUUCAAAACAAUUAAAAAUUUCAGGAUUAAUUGGUCAUGCAACUUCACUGAAUCGUAAAACUUCAAAUGUUUCAGAUAAAAUUAUUGGAGUUGGUGAAACAAAUUCAUGGAAAUUAUCAAGUAUAACACCAAAUUCAUCAUAUGGUAUAUAUUUUGAAGUUGAAAAUUCAGAACCACAAACUGCAUUUGUUACAAAUAUAGGUCCAAGUGCUCUUGUGCAAUAUUCAACUCAUUAUACACAUUCAACAGGUACAACAAGAUUAAGAGUCACUACCGUGGCAAAACCAAUUGAUAUAAAUGGAGAUUUAUCAACAUAUUUUGAUCAAGAAGUUUCAGCUGUCUUAAUUGCAAGGGAAGCUGUCUCCAAGUUAGAAAAAUUAGAUGUUUCAGAUGUUUUACUUUGGAUUGAUAAAAAAUUAGUUUCAUUAUUAAAAGCAAUUGGAGAAUAUAGAGUUAAUCAACCUGAAACAGUUAGAUUAUCAAAUAAUAUUUCAUUAUUCCCACAAUUUAUUUAUCAUUUACGUCGAUCACAAUUUUUACAAGUUUUUAAUAAUUCACCAGAUGAAACUUCAUUUUAUAAACAUGUUUUCUUAGAUGGUGAUACAACAAAUUCAUUAAUUAUGAUUCAACCAACUUUAACUUCAUUUUCACAAGAUUCAGAAGAAGGUGAACCUGUUCUUUUGGAUUCAUUAUCAUUAAACCCAGAAAAAAUUUUAUUAUUAGAUACUUUUUUCCAUAUAUUAAUUUAUCAUGGUUCUACAGUAGCAGCAUGGAGAAGAGCAGGAUACCAGGAUAUGGAAGAAUAUGCCUCGUUCAAGGAAUUUUUAGAAGAACCACGUCAUGAAGCUGCAGAUUUAUUAAUUGAUAGAUUUCCAUUACCAAGAUUUAUUGAUACUGAGGAAGGUGGAUCACAAGCAAGAUUUUUAUAUUCAAAAUUAAAUCCAUCCACGACACAUCAAACUAUUGGUGGUAAUAUUGGUUCUGGAAUGGGAGUUAUAUUAACUGAUGAUGUUAGUUUACAAUCAUUUAUGGAACAUGUUCAAAAAUUAGUUGUUCAAAGUAAAUAG